GACACUUGCGCCGGUGGGACUGGCGGUGAUCUACAACCUGAACGCUGCACUCUACUCUGAACCGCCUAUUCAUUGUGCUCCUUUGUGGUCUGGCUCUGGGGCUACUUCUAGAGGGAGACAGCAUCGUCGUAUAAAGUUCUCAUAGGCGAGGACAACUGGCGGAUUCGGAGUCUGUCCGCAAUGGACGCGGUGGAUCCUCGUACUCGACACAAGGUCUCCUUGAACCCCGUCGCCCUUGGAUCGAAGUCACCAGUACUACCUCAAGUGCUCCUGUCCGACGCACUUGUAGUAUUGGCGCUCCAGGCAGGCAAGGCGAUCCUCUUCUCCAUUGAUGUCGGUGUAUUCUGGUUCCUCGUAAGGCUUCUUGCAUGUGGUGCUACGGGCCUCAUGAUUUGGGCUGCAAGCACGGGCCAGCUUCAGAAGAAGAGGUCGAUCGAGUGGUCACCGUUGGGAAUGGCCUCGCUCCUGCUGUUCCUGAGACAUGCAGGUCUGGCCACUGCACUGUACAGGCUUCCUGCUUCACGUGUUGUCAUUAUACACCAAUUCUCGGCUAUGUGGUUCAAGGCACUCAUAGCCCCCUCGUCCCUAUUGCAAACAUGUGCGGUCGUAGCAGCACUGUCCAUAUCCUUCCUCUCCGAUGCUGGCCUUUCCUCCGAGGGAUUCCAUGAAAUGCUACCUGCAUAUGGUGCCCUCAUCGUGGAAGCGGGCGCUUCCAGUGCACUUGACCACACACAGGGCGUUCUCUUGCCUUCUCUCGGCGAGCCUCUGUCUAUUGCCUUUAGCACCCUCGGAGCGUCCCUGUUCAGUCUCCCUCUCUAUCUGCUCAGACAUAUGAUGACAGAUGUAGUUGCCCCGACCUCUCUCUCCCUGUCUUCAUUAGCCAUCAUACCUUUCCUCGCCUAUGUGCUACUCUUCAGAGCGCCUCUGAACGCCAGGGUCAUCAAGAGCCCCUCCUUUCCUCCGCAGUACUACCUCUUCUCCUACCCACUGGUCCUCCUGGCAUCACUCGCACUUGGUCUGUUCUCCCUUGGUCGUUAUCCCCGACUAGUCGACUUCCUCGUUGCACCUCUGCUGCUAUAUGGCGUGUAUCCACGUAUGGCGGACGCUGCCGUUCCCUCACCCUACGCGUCUAGCUCGCGCGUGAUGAAAGCAUACCUCAAAUCCAUCCUGUCAAACCCGGAGUCACGCAAGAUCUUCUACUUCCUCAUGCUCAAUAUGUGCUACAUGCUUGUCCAGAUGCUCUAUGGCGUCUGGACGAAUAGCCUUGGGCUCAUAUCUGACGCUAUUCAUAUGGCAUUUGACUGCAUGGCCAUUGGUGUGGGUCUAAUUGCGAGCGUUAUGGCCCGCUGGCCCCCGAACGAGCGUUACACCUAUGGGUACGGUAGGAUCGAGACACUAUCUGGGUUUGCUAAUGGUAUCUUCCUGAUAUUGAUCUCUGUCUUCAUCAUCUUCGAGGCUAUCCAGCGGUUGUUGGAUCCUCCUGAGAUGAACACCAAUCAGCUGCUGCUCGUCAGUUCGCUGGGGCUGGGAGUGAACCUGUUCGGGAUGUUUGCCAUGGGUGGACAUCACCAUCACGGCGGUCAUUCGCAUUCUCAUGGCCAUGGACACAGUCAUGGACAUGACAGUGCCCCCAGCCCUAGCCCCUCCGCCCUGUCAGUUGGCGAACAUGCGCACAACGAUUCCCUUCCGGCCGCUCACUCCCCGGACGCGCACUCGCAUUCCCACUCUCCCUCGCACUCACAUUCCCACUCGCAUUCUCAUUCACCUCCGCCACUCUCGAUCACUCCCCCCGACCGCCGCGUCCCCGCACCCCUCAUUAACAUCACCACCGACUCUCCGAGCUCUCCUCACCCUCACUCGCACUCGCACGCACACGGGCCGGCCAGCCCACUGCGCGACAACGAACUGCUCGCCCCCAUUCCAAAGCACCUGCGCUUGGGCGAAGUCGACAGCCCGAUCACGCCCAACUAUCGCUUCGGGCACGACCCGCACUUCGAGACGCACCACACGCAUGCACCGGGGUCUGGCCAUGCCCCCAACUUGCACGACCACAGCCACGAGCACCAUGCGCACGAAGGACACAGUCACAACAUGAGGGGCGUGUUCCUGCAUGUCAUGGCGGACACCCUCGGUUCUGUCGGCGUCAUUGUUUCAACGGUGCUCAUCAAGUACUAUGGCUGGACGGGCUUCGACCCCAUCGCGUCGCUCUUCAUCGCCAUCCUCAUCGCCGCCAGCGUCAUCCCGCUCGUCAUCGACACGGGCAAGAUCCUCGCGCUCGACCUUUCCGAUCGGGAGGCGAGCAUCAAACAGGCGGUCUCUGAUCUCCCGACCAUCGACGGUCUCGCGUCCUUCACCAGCCCGCGUUUCUGGCCAAAAGACGACUCAGGCAUCAUUGGCAGCAUCCAUAUCCAGCUCGCGCCCUCUGCGGCAUCGCACGACCCGGCCGGACCACACUCGACGCGGCGUACGACGUUCGCGAACGUCGACCGCGUCGUUGAGCGCGUCGACAAGCUCUUGCGGAGCCGCAUCUCUGGGUUGGAGGAGCUUACCAUCCAAGUGGAAGAGUCAUGAUAGCAUACCUACCCUAUUCUUCGUCGUCUUCAGCCUGUAAAAGGCGGUGCACACAUGUAC